AUGGCGAAUAAUUCUGCUGCUGCAAAAGCGCUGAAGAAGAUUAGCAAAAUCGCCCUCAAGAAAACCGGCUGGCAAGAAGCUGGUGGGAUCAAAUCAAAAGAGCAAGAGCAAAAAGGGAAAGAAGUGAAAGCGCUGCAAGAGAUCAGAAGAUAUCAAAAAUCCGUCAAACUUCUAAUCCCACGACUUCCUUUCAUUUGCCUUGCCCGGGAGAUCAUUCAAGAACAGGCUGGACAGACUCUCAGAAUCGAGAGAGGUGCCCUUGGAGCGUUGCAAGAAGUGGCGAGAUCGAUGGUCAUGGGGUUCGAGAGUUCGUGA